AUUAAAUUUGACAAAUUUUUUAAGUAUUAAACAAAUGUGAUAGAUAUACGCAUAGAUGUGUAUUUCUAACUCAUAUCAGAAUCUGAAUGAUAUCCAGCCUUUGUUAGUUAAUGAAUUUGACUUGUCAUUAAUGUACAUCCUUGUACCGGUGAAAUACGGUAAAAGAAUAACUGUUACAAUGCUUUGCCAAAACUAUAUACAUUAAUAUCGUAAGAAAAUCAGAAAAAUGGGAGGAAUAAGUUGGGGUGAGUUAUUUCCGGGGAGAUGGAGUUCUGUCAUAUUUAUUUCCUAUAUAGCUCUCUUUAUAAAUCAAGGUAUUCUCGUGACAUGGUCUCAAAGAAGCGGUCGCUAUGAAUAUAACACUGUAGCAGUUGUAUUGAUGACUGAAGUUUUAAAAUUGAUUAUAUCUACAGCAUUAUAUUGUAAGGACAAUAGUAUCUUAACUCUUCUUCAGGAGACAAAGAAGCAUAAAAAGGUGCUUCUACUGUAUAUGAUACCUGCAUUUUUAUAUUGUCUCUACAACAAUCUAGCAUUUGUCAAUUUGGCUAGAUUCGAUCCUACAACAUACUAUAUCUUGCUGCAACUUCGCGUUGUGCUUACAGGAAUCAUAUUUCAAGUUAUUUUUCGCAAAAAGUUGUCUGCGAUACAGUGGUUUUCAUUAGUAAUUUUGACAGUUGGUUGCAUGAUAAAGCAUUUUGAUAUUCAUGUCUUUGACACAGAAUUACAUAUAGAUAUUUCCCUAUUUCUAAUUCUUAUACAGACAACAUGUUCUUGUUUAGCUGGUGUUUACAAUGAAUAUUUACUCAAGCAUCAAGGUGCAGACAUUGACAUUUUUGUACAAAAUGUAUUUAUGUAUAUUGAUAGUAUUUUCUGCAAUAUCGUAGCAAUUGUUUUAUUAACAACAUUUAAGAACAGUGUUAGCGAUACAAUUAGUAACAUUGAAAUCAGUACAUCUUUGCAGCCAAAAAUAAUAUUAAUUAUGUUAAAUAAUGCAAUUGUUGGAAUAAUAACAAGCUUCUUCUUGAAAACUUUAAAUUCUAUAUUAAAAACUUUUGCUAGUGCAAUGGAACUGAUUUUUACAGCAGUGUUAUGCUGGAUUUUGUUUAAUAUAGUUAUUAAUAUAAGCACUAUCAUUUCUAUAGCUAUGGUAAGUGUUGCCAUCAUUUUAUAUUCAAAAAAUCCUGUACAAAACACUUGCUCUAUAGAAAUGAUAGAAAGCAGGAAACUUAUAGUAUAAACAUACAAUAUCAAUAUUAGAUUUUUUAUAUAAUAAAUAUGUGU